CGCCGCCUCCCCGCGCGGCGCCGCUCGGGCCAUUUUGCGGCGCGAUGAGGCGGGAGCGGCAGUGAGCAGUGCCCGGACUCAUCCCGCUCCUCUUCGCACCUCCUCCGUCUCAGCCCGCUGGGAUCGGGCCGCCCCGUGCUUGGGGAGCGAAAGGGAAGGAAGCCCAGUCAGGGGACAGAGAGACCCCGAGAGCCGCCCGCCCCUCAAGCGCCGGCCCCCGGCGGCGCGGCGGAGCCAUGAGCUGGGGCACGGAGCUGUGGGACCAGUUUGACAACUUAGAGAAACACACACAGUGGGGUAUUGAUGUUUUGGAAAAAUACAUCAAGUUUGUAAAAGAAAGAACAGAGAUUGAACUCAGCUAUGCAAAGCAGCUUAGGAAUCUUUCAAAGAAAUACCAACCUAAAAAGAACUCCAAAGAAGAGGAGGAAUACAGGUACACAUCAGCUAGAGCCUUCCUAGCCACUUUAAAUGAAAUGAAUGACUAUGCUGGACAGCACGAGGUCAUUUCGGAGAACAUGACCUCUCUUAUCACUGGAGAGUUAACCCGCUACGUGCAGGAGCUGAAACAAGAGAGGAAAUCGCAUUUCCAUGAUGGCAGAAAGGCACAACAACAUAUUGAAACUUGCUGGAAACAACUUGAAGCUAGCAAGAGGCGGUUUGAACGGGACUGCAAAGAAGCUGAUCGAGCACAGCAGUAUUUUGAGAAAAUGGAUGCUGACAUCAAUGUUACAAAAGCAGAUGUUGAAAAAGCAAGACAGCAAGCCCAGCUGAGACAUCAAAUGGCAGAAGACAGCAAAGCAGAAUAUUCUUCCACUCUGCAGAAAUUCAACAGUGAGCAGCAUGAUCAUUACUACACACACAUACCAAACAUCUUCCAGAAAAUACAAGAGAUGGAGGAAAGAAGAAUCGUGAGGAUAGGUGAAUCCAUGAAAACUUUUGCAGAGGUCGACCGCCAAGUGAUCCCCAUCAUUGGAAAGUGUCUGGAUGAAAUAACAAAGGCUGCAGAAUCAAUUGAUCACAAGAAUGAUUCACAGCUGGUAAUAGAAGCCUUUAAAUCAGGAUUUGAGCCUCCGGGAGAUGUCGACUUUGAGGAUUUCACUCAGCCCAUGAAGCGGACGAUCUCAGAAUCCAGCCUUUCCAACUCCAGAGGGGAUGGCAAGUCUGAGCCCAAGUUUGGUAGCAAAUCCAAGGGCAAGUUAUGGCCAUUCAUCAAGAAAAAUAAGUCUCCCAAGCAGCAAAAGGAACCCCUCUCCCAUCGCUUCAACGAGUUCAUGACCUCCAAACCCAAAAUCCACUGCUUCAGGAGCCUAAAGCGUGGGCUUUCUCUCAAGCUGGGAGCAGGGCCAGAAGACUUCAGCAAUCUCCCACCCGAGCAAAGAAGAAAGAAGCUUCAGCAAAAGGUCGAUGAACUGAACAAAGAUAUCCAGAAGGAGAUGGAUCAAAGAGAUGCCUUAACAAAAAUGAAAGAUGUGUAUAUCAAGAACCCCCAGAUGGGAGAUGCAGCGAGUGUGGACCAGAGAUUGGCAGAGCUUGGACAGAACAUCGAGAAGCUACGAUUAGAGGUUCAGAAGUUUGAGGGCUGGCUGGCUGAGGUGGAGGGCAGGUUGCCCCCACGGAACGAGCAGGCCCGGCGGCAGAGCGGCCUCUAUGAGGCCCAGAACACUUCAGCAGUCAACAGCUGUGCCCAGGACCGGGAGAGCCCAGAUGGCAGUUACACAGAAGAGCAGAGUCAGGAGACUGAGAUGAAAGUACCUGCAACAGAUUUUGACGAUGAGUUUGAUGAUGAAGAACCACUGCCCACCAUAGGAACCUGUAAAGCACUCUAUACUUUUGAAGGUCAGAAUGAAGGAACAAUUUCUGUAGCAGAAGGAGAAAUGCUGUAUGUAAUAGAAGAAGACAAAGGUGAUGGCUGGACACGAAUCCGAAGGAACGAAGACGAGGAGGGCUAUGUCCCCACGUCCUAUGUUGAAGUCUAUUUGGACAAAAAUGCCAAAGGUGCUAUGACUUAUAUUUAAUACUAUUAUUAUUACUUUAUUUGCUUUCACAGAGGAAUCCAACUCUGAAACUGCUCUGUGUUGCAGAUAGAGCCUUUGAAAAGUCUGUACAAUGCCUCAGAGUGCAUUAUUUUGUACGUGGACUAAUAUGGCUUCUUGUACUGCAAAACCUGCUUUUUAUUGAUCAGAGAAGGAUAGUGUUGGUAGACUGCAAAGCUAAAGGGGAAAGGAGCCUUUCCCAGACAGUGCUGCUUCAACUGUCACUGCCAUUGCUCACCUGACUUGGCACAGGACAUCUGAAGCCAUUUGGGAUGAUACUCUCUCUCCUCAGAUAGCCAGGUGGCCUCUCAGCCACAUUCACACAUCAUCUCGUUGUCCCAGCCUGGUUCAGUGGAGUGUUACGUAGGAAAUACGUAGCCUGCUGUCCUGUGGGGGGGCUUUUCAGAGCCUGUUGUGUUCUAUGGACCUUUUGGAUUGAAACCUAGUCAUCAUUUAGUUAGUGUGUCUGGAAGGGGAAGGAGAGAUCUUACCAAAACCUGCCGACACAGAAGUCUGUGGUACUUGGUAAACCAGUAAAACAUAGACAUCAAGAAAGAUCCUCCACUCUUCUCCCCUUGAUACAUUUCAUUUGCUGUUUCAGAUGAAAUACAGUUAUUUCAGAGGACCAUAACUAAUGCUUGAUCUUUUGCUCACACACAGUCAAUGGAGACAUUCAGAGUUUAGGCUCACCAGUCUUCUCUUAGGUUGGUGCUUUAACUCCUCAAUUAAAUGUACUAUAUAAGCAAGGAGAAUCUACAGGAGAGUCCUGACCGGAAUAUGUGCUGUGCACACCUGGUAGUGUAACACACUGAGAGAUCAAAAGAUUUGAGUCCUGUUUCAAGCCAGGAUGUGUUUGAAGUCCCUUUUUUUCAGUCAUUUAUUCCUUCAGAUUAUUGUUGUGUUUCCUUAAACCUUAUUGUUGAUGUGAAACAAGCUGUCUCAGCCAAUUUAAAAGAAAACCAAACCAUUGUCAUUGGGGUUUUAUGGACAGGAGGAAGAGAGGAGCAGAGCAAGACUGUAAACAAUCACUCUAACUUGAUCAGUUCACUGACCUGGAUUUGGUAUUAAACAGUGCAGUGUCUUUGCUGCAGAGGAAGGUCUGGAGUCUUUUAUUUUGCCAUACAUACAGUAGUUCUACAUUUGUGUUGGCAAACACAGGGUCAGUUGAGACAUGAGAGUGCAAAAAAAUCAUCCCUGCUGUCAGCAUUUAUUGACCCCUGUAAUAGGAAUGUGGAUCAAACAUUUCCUUACCUCACACUCAGAAAGAACAGAACAGGAGAUGCUGUCUCAUACUCCUGGGCUCUGUGGAGAUCAGCUGCUUUGUGUGUGGCAAUAGUUGAAAGCAACAUUAUUAUUCUGCUGGAAAAUGCAGUGUAGGCUGCUUGGAACAGCUAAGCUAGUGUGGCAUCUAAAUCUGUCUUAAGUAACAAGCAUGGCUGUACUGGCCUGGGGCAUACACUGUGGCUCGCAUCAGUGGAGCCUCACAUCAAAUCACCUCUGCAUGAGCAGAGCCAGGGGGUGUGAGGGAAUCCCAACACAAUCCUGCAACUCAGCUGGCCAAAAUUUGUCUUUCAUUUGCCCUUCUGGAGAGAAUGUUGCAGGAGCAUUACAAUACCAGCCAGAAAAUGGUCCUGGUGUGUUAAUGGUGUUACAUAAGCCAUGGGAUGGUGCUGAGUGGUGCCAGAAGUGAGGCUGUGCUGGGAGCCAAGGCUGGUAUGGUUGCAGCCACUCCUGUAGCAACAAUGGAGAGUUUCCAGUUUUUCCAUUAAUCUUGCUCAACUUCAGGAGCAAAAUCAAAUGCAUCAGUGAAUAUGUGAUGUAAAGGAACUGCAGCAUUUACCUCUGUUACUCCUCAGUUCUCUGGUUAGAAGGAAAAGCUAAAAGAGAACUUUCCUUAAAAUGUCCCAGCAGGAGGAUGAAGAUUUGGGGCAAGUGCUACUGUGUUUAAAGACAAAUUCUGUUUCAAGCUGCAUGUUUCUUGUUUGAUUGUUGGUGGGUUAGUAGAAGUGGCUUCAUUCCUUGAAGCAGAAUCUAUGGCAUUCCUGAGAAUGCCACUGGCAAUACUAAAGCAUUUACAAACUUGAGUAGUUCUUUCCUCUUGUGGGAAAGAAGUUUGAGCAGCUGAUACCUGUAAAGGUUGGCUGCAUGAGGGGUGGGAGCAUCCACACCAGCUCUUGAGUCCAUCACUGACUCUCCCAGCCAGCAGAAUCUAUUCUGGCUCGGGCAUUCCUGCCUGGCUCAGCCGUGCCAGUGCCGUGGGCCCGAGGCAGCUCUGUCUCAGCAAUGCAACUGCUCAGUGCUUUGAGGAAAGCUACCUGGCAGCUGCUGAGCUGUUCUAGUCAGCUGAAGCCUGUAAUGUCAGUGCUCUGCUGCCAACCCUGAGAUGAGUAGGACAGGUAAGUCGUGCGCUGUGGUCUGUCCUCCUGCAAGUACCUGUGCGAGGGCUGUUCAUAAAGCUUACAGUGGUACCUCCAGUCAGAGGCUGUUAGCAAACCCUACCAUAACAAAGAACAGUAAUGUCUAUCUUGUUUUGCCUUUUGUUUUUUUUUCCAGAUGAGUACAAAUCACUUCAGAAAAUCUCUGAGUAGGUUUGCAUAGGCCUGUUCACCUUUUAUUCUACCGGUUUGCUGCUACGGUUGUUUUAAGAGCUCUGUGUCAGAAGGUUUUCUUUAGAAGAGAUGAAUGCACAUGUCCUAUCUCCAGCAAUGAAAGACUCUGUUAGGUACCAUUCACUCAGCUGAUGCAUGUAUAAGUUCACUUCUUGAAAUUUAAAUGUGCAUCACUGCCAAUGAAAGUACUGACCCAACGGGGGGAAUUUAGUUGUCGACAGUGUCGUCCUCCCUAACCAAAGGGAGAGCCAGCACAGGUCAUUCUCACUGUGAUGCAUGCAGGAAACUUAGAGAUGCUAAAAAAGACCCUUAAGAAUUGGAUCUACAGGCUGUAAGCUCAUGUUUUGAGGCUUCUGCCAACCUCUGACUGCUGAGGGAAAAGGAAGAAAACCCCUCAGUGCACGCAGGGGUGUGAGUUCUUGCAGGGCUUUUCUGUGCCCGUUGGGUAUCUGGUGCUGGCAACUGUCAAAUCUUGGCCUUUUUGCUCAAGAGUGACCCUACUGUGUUACUGAAUGUGGUACCUCAUCACCUGCUGGGGAACAAAGCUGCCUCUCCCUGAGGGGAUGCUGUGAAAUGGUGUGAUGCACAAAAGAACUUGCCAGCGUUCUGUAGACUCCCCAUUGCACCCAGUGAACACACCCUGUUCCCUUCCCCAGCAAGGCUGGCUGUUGGGUCACAGGCACAUAUUGUGAAGUUUUGGAGCUGUGUGCUGAUGAGUGUUUUGCCACUGUGGGCCUGUUCCUCCUUCCAUUAUAGAUACACAUCCUUGUGAGGUCAGCCCUGUGAUUCCCAGAGUUGCAGCUCUGCUGUCUGUUUGCUGUAACCUUUCUGCAGAGCCCUGACUUCUAUAAGUAAAUAGGUAAAAGUUAACCAUGCUGAUGCACUUUGUUUUAAUCUAGGAUAUAUCUGAUUAUUUAAUGCUUGCCAAAUUAUUUAGGAAACAGUAAUUACAAACUGGACUGUGGCUCUUAAAAAUCCUCUUGUUAAAUACUUGCCCUUAGUUCUCCCAGUAUAAUAAAAACUAUUGUACAUAACGUAACUUAAAAACUAAAGUGACUUGAAUUGUUUUUAUCCUUUUAUGUAUGUAUAAAUAUAAAUGGUUUCACAGGCUGUUGUUGUGCUUAACCUAGCUGUUGCUUUGGUAGCUGCUCAGUCCCUCUGACGUUGGGUUUGGUUACUCAGCUGCCUACAUCUGGUCAGGCUUGCAUAGAAACUCUCAGUUUGUGUUAAAGUUCAUUGUUCAUUGUUCCAUCUGGCCAGAGUGGUUGUUUCAUUUCUACUCUUCUUGUUCUUUUAAAGAACCAUCAUCUGUCAGGAACCUCUCUAUAGCUCGAUGUACCAUGGUGUCUUCCUCUAAUAAACAUUAUAUUUUCUCA